GGGUCCUGUGUGACCUCUGGAGCGCGCGGCGGGGACAUGGCUGUCGGUUAUUUCAAACCUGUCUGAGGGCUCGCGCCCCGGCACCAGCAGCAGCACCGGCACCAGCACCAGCACCAUGGGUGUGAUAGGCGUGCAGUUGGUGGUUACUAUGGUAAUGGCCAGCAUCAUACAGAAGAUCACACCUCACUACUCAUUUGCUCGUUGGUUGCUUUGCAAUGGAAGUUUGCAAUGGUAUCAGCACCCGACAGAAGAACAACUCCGAACUCUUGCUGGGAAACAGCAAAAAGGAAAAGCCAAGAAAGACAGGAAGCACAAUGGGCACAUAGAAAACAAACCACUGACUGUUCCUAAGGAUAUUGAUCUACAUUUAGAGGCAAAGACUAUUUCUGAGGUGGAUACAACAGUUUUGCAUUACUUUGCUGAGUACCAGUGGUUGGUUGAUUUCACUGCCUCAGCCACAAUUGUUUACAUCAUUACAGAAGUCUACUACAGCCUGGUAAAUCCCAACAACGAAAUGAACAUUAGCAUAGUGUGGUGCCUGCUGGUCCUUGCAUUUGUAUUUAAGGUAUUGUUCUCUUUGACUACUCACUACUUUAAAGUGGAGGAAGGUGGGGAGAGGUCCCUCUGCAUCACUUUUGGCUUCUUCUUCUUUGUAAAAGCCAUGGUAAUCCUGAUUAUAACCGAAAAUUACCUGGAAUUUGGCCUGGAGACAGGGUUUGCAAACUUUUCUGAUAGUGCUUUGCAAUUUCUUGAAAAACAAGGCCUGGAAUCCAAAGGCCCUGUCUCAAAACUGACUUUUAAAAUGUUUCUGGCUGUUUUUUGCGCACUCACUGGUGCUUUUCUGACAUUUCCUGGCCUGCGAUUGGCUCAGAUGCAUCUGGAUGCCCUGAAUCUUACAAAAGAGAAGUUAACACAGACUCUCCUUCACAUAAACUUCCUGUCACCACUAAUUAUGGUAUUGCUGUGGGUGAAACCUAUUACAAAGGACUAUAUCAUGCAUCCACCAUUUGGCAAAGAAAAUAUUCAUUUAAUGACCGAGGCUACGUAUGACACAUUGCGAUUGUGGAUUAUCAUCCUGCUCUGUGUUCUCCGGCUGGCCUUAAUUCGUCAACAUUUACAAGCGUACUUGAAUUUAGCACAGAAGUGUGUGGAACAGAUGAAGAAGGAGGCAGGACGAAUCAGUACCAAAGAUCUGCAAAAAAUGGUUGCUCGAGUUUUCUAUUAUCUUUGUGUGAUUGCAGUUCAGUAUGUGGCACCUGUCAUAAUGCUUCUGCAUACAACGCUGCUUUUGAAAACUCUGGGUGACCAGUCCUGGGCUGUGCUCUCAAAUUCUUCUGAUGUAUCUCCUACGGAGACGAUUGCAGCAACCAACCUGAUCACCUCAGCUCCCCCUACUAUUAACGAAAGCAAGAAGCUGACUGUUGCACAGAUAACAAUGGCUCUGGGUGGCCUGCGGAACGUUUUUACUCCUCUUCUCUUCCGAGGCCUACUCUCCUUCCUUGCUUGGUGGAUUGCAGCUUGCCUGUUUACCACAAGUCUUUUUGGUCUUUUCUAUCAUCAGUACCUAAAAGUCGCAUAAGUGACCAGCAUAAUGUCAAAAACUCUUCCAGAUCUAAACCUAAAAUUAAAGCCACUUUAUUGGGGGGCUGGAACAAAAAGAAAACUUAAACCAUUGGGAAAAAGCAUAUUGCUAAAAUGCAGAGCACAGAUCAACCUGCUCAUUUUAGAUGCUUCCUGUGGUCCUCAGGGUGAAUAAAUGUCUUAAUAAUUUUAAAAUAAUGAAAGUUAUAACAGGAAUAAUGUCAUGUUUCUAAUACCAUGGGCAGACCACGUAUUACUGGUUUCUGACAGAACUUUGGGAUUUCGGGAGGUUAAUAACAAAUGGUAAUUUCCCUAAAUGGGUAAACAAGCAGACUGGGGAAUAACAGUAAAACUGUGAACAGGAUUAAAUGAUCCUAUUGUAAAAUUAAUUACCAUCUUUAGUUUAGUUUGUUUUGCAUAUAAUGUGAAAUUACAGUUAGUCAGAAUUUAAAAUGCAUAUUAUAACUAAACAAAGAUAAAUUAGAGUAAUAUUUGCCUCCUUAAAUAUGUUUAGCUUUGCAAUAUGCCCACCUUUAAAUUCUGGCUAGUAUAUACAGUUUGAUUUGGAUCCUAUUAUUUGCCAGCACAUAUGCAAGUCAGUACUUUGAUCCUGGUUCUUGGGUGGAAAAGAGUAGUCGUGGAAACACUGAGAUGAUUGCUGGAAAAAUGACUCCAGCCUCAAGUGUAAAUGGGACCUUAGUCUGCUAACUUACCAGUUCUAACCCAUGGAAUUUCAAAUAUGUAUUGAGAAUUGGCUUUUAAAUGCUUAUAUAUUUGUGGACGAAGUGAUGUUGAGCAAAUCCAGUUUUAACAAAAACAUUCUAUUGGAGUCUUGACAUUAACUGAGCCAUAUGUGGGGAAAAAAGUGUUUUUUUGUUUGUUGGGCAAUCCGGCAAUUUUUACUGUGAAGAUAUCUUUGCAGCUGGAGUAUGAAUAUAGCUACUGUAUAUUACAGUAAAGUUAAUAUUUCAGUUCUUUGAGGGAACAAAUUGCUUUGAUGUGUUGUGGCGUUUGCUGAAAAACAGUUGUCCAGUUGCUUGAGGUUAGACACUUAGAGCAUGACAUUUUAGUUUUUAUUUUAGCUUUGUCCAAAAAGUCCUGGAGUUUAAUGGGGCUAUAGUUCCCAGAACAUCACAACAUCUAUGGAGAAAGCACAUUUCAUAAUGCACAACACCAAUACAUGUGCUAGAUGCAACAAAAACAAUAAUUUAUCAAUAAUAUCUCCGAAAUCCACUUACCUAUCAGUUGCUGUUGACUUAUUUUAUCCCAAUGCUGUAAAAUCUUGUUUUCCACAAUGAAAUCUGCUACCAAGUUUUGAUUAAACAUUCUUGUGGUCAGAAAUUCACAACAGUACAAAGCAAACUGUUUUAAAUAUUAUAUAUAUAUAUAUAUAUAUAUAAAGAUAAGGUAAGGCAGACUUGAUUGACAAAAGGUCUCCAGUUAUUGAAAAUAAUGAACUUUUGUAGUAAUUGCAGUGGGGUUUGGUCAGUUUAGAAAUGCCCAUAGUGAACAUAUAAUACCAUAAACACUCAACACUAACUUUUUAAAAAAAGCAAACUAGAUGUUAUUUUCAGGGUAAUUUAAGCAAUCAACAGCCGUAUUAAAAAACACAAGUGAUUCAAUUUUCUCAGUAUUAUGUUUCAUUUCAGCAGAUGGUGUGAUUUCAAUUUUUUUUACAGCAUCCCCAAACAGUAAUGUUUUGAGCAAGUUUUGCUUUUUAUGCUUUUUUAAAAAUUUUGUUUUACUUGUAAAUGUGGUGCAGAACAAAAACUAGGCAUGUGAACUCAUUCAAUGCUUUGAGUUUAGGGGGAAAGCGUGCAACUACAUUUAACUACAUAAACAAUUGAAGGAGAUACUGCAUAUCCUUUAGCAGUCUUGAGUUGCAGGUUUUAAUCCAGUUUGCCAAGGACAUUCAAAUAACAAAUUCACUUCAAGCUUCCAAUAAUCCUAUUGGAUUUUGACAUUCAUACUGCUGUAGAUUUGUGUACAGCAUCUCAAGAUAGCUAAGGAAAAUCUGAAAUCCAGGGGAAAAUGCAGAAUUGUUGCUUUAAUAUUUUUCCGAUGUAAAGAAUAUUUUUUAGAUAGCACAAUAUCAGUGGGUGGUAACUGUCAAAUUUUCAAUUUUUAAACAAUACUUUCUUUAAGCGAUACAAUUCCCAUCUUAUUAACCCAUUUACAGUUGUACGUCAUAAUGGAACAUUGUCCAACAAGUAACAAUCUGUCACAUCGGUUUAUCAGUUUGUUUUCACAUAAUAGCUUUUGAAUAGACCAAGGAAGCUGAUUUUGUGCCAUUUUAUAAUAAAGCUUGUUUGGGUGUUAAACAAAUGAUGCCCAGUUGCAAUUGUUGCUAAGUUGAUGUAGGUGGAUGCAUGUUGCUAAGCAGAUGUCCUUUUUGUGUACUUUAAAAGUAUGUUAUAAUGUCUCCCUCUUUGAAUAUGACUGAUGUACAGACAUCAUAACUUUGAAGAUAGUGUCAUAAGUCUUGAUGUAUUUUUGGCCGUACUUGUCAUCAAUACAAAAUGGCCUGUGAUUGUAUUGAUCUUAAAUCUUCAUUGUCCUGAUUGGUUCUUGUUCCUGUCAAUAAUAGAAAUGGACAAAAAACACUGUAAUAGUAAAUCCUUUCAAUUAUUAUCAGUGUGCCAGUGCAAAGUUAAACUGAUGAGCCUUUUGGAUGGAUACAGCUUCCUCCUGCUCGUCUGUUCAGAUUGUGAAUAAUUCAAUACUGGCAGAGCUUGCAACUGUGAAGGAUCUUGCGGUACUUUUAACAGCACCUCUAGCUGAGGAGGCACUGGAUGAUCAUGAAAUGGUCAAGCUACCUCAUAAUAACACCCAGUUCAGUGGUGAUGUAUGAACAGGAGGAAAUUGCCUUUUUAAUCAGCCCAGGUCAGCAUUGAUCUCUACAACUACAGUAUUUUAAAAUAAGCAAGGCAUCAGAGAAAAAAGAUAAAAUAAAACUAAAUGAUGCUUUUUGUAAAAGUUCUCCGAGAUGCAAUCCUUCUCCCCCUACCCCCCCCACUUCCAUCAAAAUGGCUUUUGUUAAGUCAUUUGUGAUGGUAAAGUUUCUUGUACACCGUAGCAUGCAAAAGUAAAAUCUUCUCUGCAACUUGAACUGAGGUGUAUUUGCUAAACUCACAUGGUUUAUAAUUAAAACUGCUAACAGAUU